UACUAACAUUUGUUAGCGCUGUUGAUAUUUUUGUCUUUUCCGCUACGCCUCCCGCCGCGUCCAAUCAUGUGCGUUCCCGGUAGCCUACCGUAGACCCGGGCCCGGGAACUUGGCAAGCCGGUCUUGCUCCGCCUUGCGGAACGUUCAGCUUCCAUAAGGGAGAGGCUGUCAUCUGCUAAAGUCUAAUAAUACGCGAGGGAUGUUAUUGGUUUACUCGCUUGAGGUUUGCUGGUUAUGACUUUGAAGGGAGAUAGAUAUAAAGACUUGAGCAAACUUCACGAUGGAAGUAUUUUCUUAUCAUCGCCAUCGACUAUAAAACCAACCCGAAGCUUUCCAUUUACUAUUAUUCUAUUUUCCUUAUUUCAUUAGCUCUACUCCUAUCCUACUUAAUACGAGCACAGGUAUUCUCUAAGACUACCUAAUCUUCUCUUAACUACCAAAUCGUCUUAACCACCCUAAUACCAUCAUAAUGUUCAAGACCAGCACCAUCGCAGCCAUCUUGGCUUUCUGCGCCAUUGCCUCGGCCGCACCGGCUAACAGGCGCGAUGAAUCGCACUGGGCCAGGACAGACUCAGGUUCUCAUACGACCCCGAGCGUCCACGGAACUGCGACUGGCUGGGCACCUCACGAGACUUCUUCUAGCUCGCACUACCACACCUCGUUGAGCUAUUUUCAAACUAGCUCCAACACAGAGGAAACUAUAGCAGCUGCUACGGGUGAUAUUCCAGCACCCACCGGCUCCACAGCCAAUGCCGGAAGUCCUGCCACGCCAACGGGCCUAAGCAAAGUCCAGCAGAUCCUACUUUCGGACACUCGCGCCGAUGCUAUCAACAACAUUCUCAAAGACGACGCCGACUUCGUGUUCGACUUCAACAAAGCGCGGAAAUUCGGUCCGGGCAAGGGCGGCGAGGUCGUCCUAGCCACCCGCAAGGCUUUUCCAGCUCUAACCGGCACCGGCAUCGGCAUGGCCGUUGGUUUCCUCGGCCCUUGCGGCUUUAACACUCCCCACGUCCACAACCGCGCCACGGAGCUCCUCAUCGUGACGAAGGGCAAGGUCAUGUCGGAAAUGGUCGUAGAGAACGGCGUUGAGAAUGCGGACAAGAAGCCUCGCGAUAUCAUGAACACCAUCGAAGAACUGCAGGCGACCCCUUACUACAUGGGCGCCCUCCACACGCAAUUCAACCCCACCUGCGACGACGUAACGUUCAUCGCGCCCCUGUCGAGCGAGGACUUUGGCGUCAACACCAUGGCCCAGGCUUACUUCGCCCUAGAGGACGACACGAUCCGUGCCGCGGCCGGCAAUCACAUCGACGGCGCUGAUGUUGAUAAGUUCCGGGGAAUCAUUAGCACUAAUGUUGCUCUUGGUGUUGAGCAGUGUCUGAAGACUUGUGGGAUUGCUAAGCGUUGAGUGAGGAGAUGCGGUCAAGGAUGAGGAUAAGGGGGUAUCGGGAGAAGGUAUUGCAUAUGAGUUUUAAUAUAUAGACUAAUGUGAUAUAUGUGGAAUUUGAAGGGGGGAAUGGUGCAUACUUUGGGUAGAUGGGAGGGUAUGGGGCGGUCGGUGAAGGGGGU